ACAUAUUACAAACCACCAUAGUUUUCUUCUCCUACUUGUUUCACUUUUCUUUCAUCAACCCAGCUUUUAUUUUUGCUGUCUCUCUCUCUAGAUCCCACCCUCUUUUAAUUAUCUCUCAACCAAAAUUUUCGCAUACAUAUAUUCAAUGACCUAUACUUUUUAAAUUCAAAUCUCAACCAAUCAUCAGACCAACCUCACAAAGACAUAAACCUAAUCACAAAAUAAUAAAAGAAGAACCUUUUUCCUUGUGUACUAGUCAGCAUUUCAAUGCCCUCCUGCAACUUCCUAAAGGGCACAUACACCAUAGACAAAAGUGAAAAAGAAAGAAAAUAAAAGUUCUGAUUUUUCUUUUUUUUUUUCUCUCAAAUUUCUCUCUUUCUUUCUCCAUUAUCUUGAUUACUACUCCUAGUUUUCUGCUGUUCUGUCUCAAUAGACUCUCUCUCACCCGAAAGAAAAAGAAAAGAAAAAAAGACUUUAAAUUUCUCUGAAUUGGUAAUGGGCACCCAGACAAUAAUGUGGGUGGUGGCUUCUUCUUUGUGGUUUCUUAAAGUCUUUUGGUCAAGUACACAGAAGUUUCAUACAAGACUCCCUUUUUUGCCCCUUCUCUUCCUUCUUCCCCAGCUUUCUCACCUUCUUCCACAUCUCUCUCUAUCUCUCUUGUGUUCUUUUGUAUUUGCAAAAUUCACUGAUCAGAUCCGAUGAAGGAGAUUACUGACUUGGUCGAUCCCAGGAGGAUCAUGUUCAAGCAUCAAUCCCUUAUGCAGGAUUAUCAUGACUUGAGAAAGGAAACAGAGUAUAAGAUGAGGAAACUGGAGAUGAUGAAACAAAAACGGUCGGCCCUGGAUGCACAAGUUAGGUUCUUGAGACGCAGAUACAAACACUUGAAGCAAGACCAAUCUCACGAAACAUCAUCUCCCAACAUGCUGAGAUUGUCGGAACCUAGAGGAGCUUUGAAGGUGUCGAAUAAUGGCAAAAGAAAGAAGAACUCUGGUCAGGGAGCAUCCUUUGAUUUGAAACUAAAGGAUACAGUUUGCAAUGACAAGAACGAACUGUCAGCUAAAAGGAGCAGCAGAGGGAACGAGGUUUUGACAAGCUCUACUCCACUUCCUGAUCUUAACGACGACAACACUCUGGUCACCAACAAAGUCUCAGGAUUUGACUUAAACCUGAUCUCGAGAGAAGAAGAGGAUCCUGAAGCGAAUGGUGGUGAAGCAACAAAGAACGGAAUGAUUGGCAAUGGAAUCGAUUGCGAGAUGAAGUUGCCGAUUUGCAGAGACGUGGAGAAAGAGAUAAGCCGAGCAGUGAAGAGGAAGGUGGUGUCAUGGCAAGAUCCAGUUGCUUUAAGGGUUUGAUGUUUUCUUACUAAAGAGUAUCAAGUAGGAUUUGAGAUUAUGAUUUUAGCCUAUUAUGCACGUAUACAAGUAUAGAUGAUGAGUUAGCAAGUUAUAAAACUUUCAUAUCUUCCAAAUUAUUGGCGAUUGCAGAAUCUCGUGUGUUGUGAUACCAUAAGGUUUGUACAUGAAAUGAAUUUACUUAGUUUGACAGAAAUGUUUUGAUACCA